CGACAUAUAAGUUUGAAAGAAGAGAGCAAACUCGUCAUUUUAAGAAGAAACCGAAUACUUAAAUCUACUAUGAUUUGGAAAAUCUUUGCAGCAUUUCUGCUUAGUGCCUUUUUAGGCACCGCGAGCGCUAAGCCGUGCAUGGCGAGGAACUACGGGGCCAGCAGUAUCGUGUGCGUGUGCAACAAGACGUACUGCGACAGCCUGGACGCCGUGCGGGACUCGCAGGUCUCCGGGGGCAAGUUCCUGCACUUCGUGUCCUCCAAGGCCGGGGAGCGUCUGCAGCCCCACGCCGGGGCCUUCUCCGCAGCCAGGAGCGGGGCGGCAGCCUCGGCUGUGUUCACGGUCGUGCCCUCCGCGACGUACCAGGAGAUGCUGGGCUUCGGCGGGGCGCUCACAGACUCCACGGCCCACAACAUCUACACCCUCAGCGAGCAGGCCAGGGAGACCCUGAUACAGACCUAUUUUGGGAAAGGCGGUGCCCAGUACCUGUUCCUGAGGGUCAACAUGGGGGCCUGCGACUUCUCACUUAAGUACUACACCUACGAUGACGUGGUUGGAGAUAUAACGCUGUCCAAAUUCAGCCUCAUAGACAUCGACACGAAAUACAAGAUCCCGUUCCUGAAGCAGGCGUCCAAAGUGCGAGGGCAGAAUCUGAAACUAUUCACUGCUCCUUGGUCAGCUCCUCUAUGGAUGAAGAGUUCCGGGUCGUGGUUCAACGGCACCCUGCUGGAGAAGUACUACGAAAUAUGGGCCAACUACUUCACCAAGUACCUGAAUGCCUACAAGAAGGAAGGGGUGGAGUUCUGGGGGCUGGCGCCGCAGAACGAGCCCAACGUGGUCCACAACAACUACCCCGUCAUGGGCUGGCUCAUCGGGCAGCUCAACGAGUUCGUGGGGAAGCACCUGGGCCCGGCGCUGCAGAAGACGGGCCACGGCGGGCUCAAGAUGAUGGCCUUGGACGACAACAGGAACCACCUUCCCGUGUGGGCGGACAGGAUACUCAACGACGCGACGGCGGGCAAGUACUACAGCGGCGUGGCAGUGCACUGGUACAACGACCGCAAGACAGACCCGGGGCUUCUGACGACCACCCACAAGAACCACCCCACCAAGUUCCUCUUCUACACGGAGGCCUGCAACCUGGUGAAAGUUGUUCGCAGAGAUUAUGGAGACUGGGAGAUCGGUGAGAGAUACGGAACGAGUAUGAUGCAGGCCUUCAACAACUGGGUCGGCGGCUGGACGGACUGGAACCUGGUGACGAACCUGGACGGCGGUCCCGCCACCUUCAGCGGGGUGACCGCGGACCACGGCUACAACGCGGCCAUCAUCGUGAACGCCACCGGGGACGAGUUCUACAAGCAGCCGCCGUACUACUUCCAGGCCCACUUCUCCAUGUUCGUGCCCCCGGGCUCCAGGAGGGUCGGCCUCACGCACUCCAGCGACGGCGGCCUCGCCAACGUGGCCUUCCUCACGCCGCAGCGGGAGUACGUGGUCGUGCUCAUCAACAACAACGCCACCGUGGUACAGACACAGAUUAAACAUACAGGGAAAGGCAGUAUCCACAUCUCAGUACCUGCUCGAAGCAUCAACACUAUCGUCUACAAGUAGACAUGGUUCUACCAGCACUUUGUGUGUAAUGUUCCUGUAAGCAUUUCUAGUUGAAAAUGGUAUUCGGACAACAGAAUAAAAGUGACGAAGAAAUAAAGUAUUUAAAAAAUAA